CGGUACGCGCACCACGUCGACCUACCCAAGACACUGCUAAUCGCGCGCCCAUGCCACGAGGGAUAUCCUUAACCCACGAUUUGUCCGCCGCCACCGCCGUCGUCGUCGUCGUCGUCGCGAGUAUCCGCGAGUACCGAUCCGAUUUAGGGGUCGUGGGCGAAUCACGAGUGCGCGCACUGGGGUUGCAGGGCUCUCCCCGUCGGCCCGUGUCGAACUAACUAGUGUCCUCGAGCGUGUCGGGAUCAGUGACAUCUGAGGGGGGCAAGUGCGACGAUGGGUACGAUGGGUUCGCGUUGACACGGCCGGCCGGGUCGGCUUCGCUGAGGAGUGACCCCGCUGGGUCCGAGAAGAGAGUGUACGAACGAUCGCGUAGAACGGUCACGGGUCGUGGAGGCCCUGACGGAGGCGGUGGUGAAGAUGACGACACGUGAGUUCAGGUAAAGAAAGAUCGCCUCCUCACUAAGCGGGUAAUGUGGAGGAUGCAGGAGGGCAAGACCGUGUCGUCGCUAGGACCGGUCGUCCUGCCGCGAGAAGAGGCCGACAUGCGUGGCGGCCUGUCGCUGCCGCCGCAGGAGAGGAGGCACGUGUUGUUGCACGUACGGACCGGCGAGUCUUUCCCGAGGUAUGACAGCGUGCGGCAACAGCAGCAAUCGCCGUCGAGCUCGCCGACGAUACUACGGUCCAUCAGCGCGACCGUCGAGAAGGACCAGUACCAUGAGAUAGACUCGCAGCUAGCUAAGGAGAAGAGAUCCGACGAGGAGGAAGAGCAAGACGAGGAAGAGGAAGACGAGGUCGAGGAUGAGCGCAACGCCACGUCCACCAGGAGAAACGUGGUCGAGGAUGAAGAGGACGACGAGGAGCAAGAGGAGGAGGAGGACGAGGAAGGCCAGCAACCCUCCGAGAGACACCGCAACGGCGGCUACCACGAGGACGAGGACGUCGAGGUCGACGUGUGUCGCGAGGAAGCCGACGAGAGCAACCCCAGCAGCCCGGUGGACCUCACGGCGCCGUCGUCGCGGGGUACCACCGCCACCGAGCAGUUCGUUCAUCCGUUCACCAACCGCGGGGUGCAUUCUUUCAGCUGUGUGCAAAGUGGUGCCGGCCAUCCGGCGGCCGGUCACGGGACACCAGUGUAUAUAUCCGGACACGGCGCUACGGGCUCCGCCGUCAUGACGGUGUGUACUUCCGGUAGCACGGCGCGCACCACCGGCACGUCGACCGGUGCCAUCACCACGACCGCCAGCGCGGUCCAGCAGACCAACAGCAAGCGGUGCCUGGCGUUCUCCGUCGAGAACAUCCUCGACCCGAACAAGUUCACCGGCGGUCGCGUCGUCCACAGCCGCGUGCAGCAUCGUCGACACCGGCGCGCCGGCAGCGUGCAGGAAGACGGUGACUCGCGGGGUGAGUUCGCCUGCGGCAGCGGCCAAGAGGAUGAGGAAGGUACACCGGACACCGUCAUGGAAGAGAUGGAGGAAGAUCCCGAGGAGGAGGAGGAAGACGAAGAAAUCGAGAUGCGGGUGGUGGAUCAGGACUCGGGCGGUGUCGGUCGGGAGAACGCGAACGGCGGCGGUGGCGGCGGCCCCAACUCCGCCACGAGCAACUGCAAGAAACGGCAAUCUUCGACGUCCUCCACGUCGUCUAGUGGCGUCCAAGUCUCAAACUGUCAAGGUCAAAGUCAAAACGGGCAGAACGGCACGAGCGGCGGCAACGGGGGUGGCGGUGGUGGCGGUGGCGGUGGCGGCGGCGGCGGCGGCGGCGGCAGUAACGGCGGCGGCAAGCCCAGGAGGGCGCGCACCGCGUUCACGUACGAGCAACUGGUCAGUCUGGAGAACAAGUUCAAGACCACCAGAUACCUGUCGGUGUGCGAGCGGCUCAACCUGGCGAUCGAGCUGCGGCUCACCGAGACGCAGGUAAAGAUCUGGUUCCAGAACCGACGCACCAAGUGGAAGAAGCAGAACCCGGGGCUGGACGUGAACAGCCCGACGGUGCCGACCACGCCGCCGCAUCCGUCGCCGUACGCGCCUGCCUUCCUCUUCGCCGCGCACCCUCACCAGCACCCGUUGCCGCACUCUCACACACACCCGCACCCGCACGCCCACGUGCACCACCCGCCGCCGGUACCGCCGCCGCCGCCGCCCGGGUACUACCAUCCGGCGGCCCCACCUUACCCGCCGACCGGACCGACCUUCUUCGGCCACCAUCUGUCAGCGAGCCCCGCGACCGCGUCGGCAGGCCCGCCACCGACCUCGACGCCUUCCUCCACCGGUCUGGCCGGUCUCUCGUCGCACCUACAUCCGCACACGCACCCGCACGCGUAGCGAACUCGGCGAUGAUGCCCCAGCGCCGUCUGCAGCGUCGCCAGCGUCUUCGCCUUCGUAGUCUUCGGCAAGGAAACGGUGAGCUCGUGCGAGCACUCCCGGCCGUGGGAAGAAAAGUAUCGGGGGAAGGAAAGUAACAGGAGAGCUACGGGUGCGCGUGUUCGUCGAUCGUGGACUUUCGUCGCUCGGGUGAGAGCCGUCUGGCUUCUCGAUGCUUGUUUCUCCGCCUGGCACUUGUAACUGUUUUUCCCGGCGAGUCGGUGACAAGAAGUUCGCGCGCAACAGAUCGGCGGUUUUGAAAACAACAUAAGCAGUUUUAUGCGCGAACCAGUAAUUCUGCGUGAGAAUUGAGAGAAUCUGCUCGACAAUGGCUGGUGUCCAGCAGAGAAAGCAGCGCUCAGUGAGCGCUUAGGGAUCAUUGUCUGGACUAUUCUCUAGAUCCUUGAUAGAUCCAAAAGAAAAUGUAUUGAACAGGAACAAUGAUUGUUGAGCGCUCAUCAAGCAGCUUCCUCCGCUGGACGCGGGCAAUAACGUUUGUAAAGUAAACGCCAGAUUGUUGGGCAACUCCCUUAGUUAUGAACAUUUUAGAAAAUCUCAGUUUUCCUUGCGAGACUAGCGGCAUCUGUUCAGUUAUGGAGAUCUCUUUUGGAAUCAUAGACUGCAGUCAAGAAGUUAGCUAUAGUAAUGCUCGUAAAGAAAAACUGGUUUUUCUAGAACACCAAUAACUAAGGAAGAUUUUAGUAAUCCUGGAGUGUUUCGCCUAUUCACUCGACGUUUCAGAAUAUAGAAUUCAUCCCACGUGAACGAAAAAUUCGAAUGACUCGACAAUCACUCUACUUUUCGAGUGAAACUUCACUUCCAGACAUGUAAAAAGAGGAACGCAAUUUUACCUAAUUUCAAUCCUUAAGCUUAUGUUGUUUUCAAGAUGCGGAUGAUAUACACAGAAAAAUGCACAUUGCAUUCAAAUGUUUUAUUUGUUUCAAGUGUUACUUAAGCCCACAAUAUAUCGGCGAAUCUAUCAAAAUACGUCAUAGCAUAUUAAAUCUAUUAAAAAUCUAACUAUUCACAAUGAAUUCAAACGGUCUUAAGAUGCAUUCUGAAUCAUAGUAAGUUUUUAUUUCAAUCAAGAAUAUUCAAUUGAAACAAAAAUUUUAUUUGCUCGCUACACAGAACUGAACGUUUUCUUCGAUAAAAUCUUAUAAUAUUCUGGCAAGGAGAAUAUAGAUUCUUCUUCUGAGUACACGAUAAUGAACUUUCCUCAAAUCUGUGAUAUGUGGAGCAUAUUUUAAAAUUAUUAUCAAGAAAGUAUCCUUUGAGAUAAUCGUUAACUAAAAGAAAGAGAACAAUGAUUGUUUUUCUUAGCAGUGGAAUGACUUUUUUCUGUGUGUAUACGAUACUUUGGCGUCGUCACGGAGCAAUUUCUGCUCGGAGUGUAUAGAUAGCUCGAGAGAGAAAGAGGCAGGGAAAUGUUAAAGCUUCAUUAAGUACCUCGAAUCAAAUCGGGUAAUGUUUUCGUUCGUUGGAUCAUGAACGCGUAGGCCGUCGUAAUGUUAUAUUUUGCCUUCCCGUUGGGCACGUGGGGCGACUCGAUAGCGUAAUCGGUUUACGUAGGGUGACGUGCAAAAAAGCAGCGUAUCAUUUCGGCGCGCGACACCGGCCAAACAUUUAAAUUCCGAGCACCGGGCCCCGGGCAACGGUGGACGGAAGGAGCAGCUCCCUCACGAGCGCACUCGUCUCCCGAUAGGUGACACGACAAGAAGCACAAAAAUGACGAAAACUGAUCGAACAAGUUCCGAUCGCAGUUCAGAUUCUCCAAUUUGCAUUCCUCGCUCCUCGUUUUUGCGAGCCUUGCGGACGUAAAGACCGAGCAGAUCGAACAAUGCUAUCGGUCAUAAGUAACAACUCGUCCGGCGAGUCACAUCUCCUACUUAAAUAGCAGGAGAGAUACCCCGCGGUACUUUUCUCCAAGUGAAGCGGAGUCAUGAAGUCACCCGAGUCCUUGUCGUUUUCUCACCUUUGUAACAUAUUCCGUUCGUCGCCGCGGUUAAAGCGACGAGGCAGAAACUCGUCUCUAAAGGGAAGUAGAUUUUAUCGGAAACGCUCUUAUAGCGGUAUAAGGUGGUCGUGUACGCGUGCGUGCGUGCGUGUGUGUAUGUGUGCUAACGUGUGUGCGUGCGCGCGCGUGUAUGUAUGUAUGUGUGUGUAUUUGCGAGAAUGCGUGCGAGAGUGCGAGUGAGACACGAUUGGGACAAAAUUAGCGAGCAAUGUUUCGUGCUGAUCGUGCGAAAGAAAAAGAAAGGAAGGAAGAAGCGGGAGGAAA